AUGGCUAAAAUUAUUCUUACAAAUAUGUCAGGAUCGUAUUUUUUAACAUUCAUUGCAAUCAGUCUUCUUGGAUGUUGCCUUGGGAAAUGUAUUAUUGACGAAAGAAGCCGAUGUAAAAACUUUUCAAAAGAACUUAAAGGUCUAAGUAAACUUAUUGGUAAUUUGAAAACGUGUUUAAAAGACGAGUGUAAAGGCGGCCUCUGUAACAAUCCAGGAACAAAGAUGAAAAUUUAUUUUCCUCGUGCACUACGAUUUAAUUUAACAACUGAAGAUUUUCUUCAAGAGAUGUCAAAUAGAAUAAAAUUUCACGUUCAGUACAUCAAAAGAAACUUCAGAAGCGUGAAAUGUAAUACAAAAAUCAAAAAAGUUAGCUGGAGAGCAAGACUUCUCAGAUAUUGGAUCAAAAACACGCAAGAAGAAAUGCAGUUACCGACUAAUAUUCAAGAGAAUUUAUCUUAUACCAUGACAAUGACUAAAUCCAGUUCAAAGAGCAGCAUACACGGAACAAAAAUCCAGAUACUACGCAAAGUACAUGUUCGUAUUCUUCAAAUGAGAAAACGUUUCAAAAUAAAAAAUUGUAUCAUUUCCGCUUGUUAAAACGAAUAUUUCAAAAUGUAAAAUAGUGGAAAGUAGAUGCUAUGCAUAAAUUAAUUGUAACGAUAUUAUUAGAGUAUUUGAUUUCACAUCGACAAAAUUUGCAGUCUAAAUGUCAUCAAAAAAAUUAUUAAAAUUAUACAUACAAAUAAGAACGAAAUAAAAAUACAUGGAAGGAA